AUCUUCCUUUCCCCUCUCUCUCUCUCUCUCUCUCUCUCUAAACUCUCUCUCUCUCCUUCUCUCUUCUUAACAACAAUGGCCAUUAUUCCUCCGUAAUGCAACCACAGACCCCCCCAGCUCCUCCUCCUUCUCCUCUCUCUCUCUCUUCUCUCUCUCUAUAUCGGAUUGGUCGAUCCAUUGUUCGUUAAUCGGUUGAUCAGUGACCGAAUCACGGAACGUCUAAACGGAUCGCGGUGGUAGCUCGAUCCGUUGAGUGGUUUAAGCUUGAAGCUGCGGGAAAAGCUGUGCAGUUUGGAUUAGUGCUGAAUUACGUGCGAUGAGGAGGAACAUGCUGGACCUUAACCUGAGCGCGGUCCACGGGGAGAACUCUCGGGAGAACUUUCCGGAAGGCUCCGUCGGUCAAGUGGAGGACUCGGGGACUUCGAAUUCUUCCGUGCUGAACGCCGAAGGGUCGAGCAAUGGCGGCGGCGGCGACGACGACUCCAACUCGUGCUCCACGCGCGCCUCGGGAGACAUCGUCGGCUUCAACUUCGAUAUCUUGAAAGUCGGAGGAGGCGGUUAUUCCAGAGGAGACGAGAGUAGUAAUGAUCUGGUGGCCGUGACACGUCAGCUGUUCCCCGUGAUCGGCGGCGACGGGGCUCCAAACGCGUGGUUACGGGGUAAUAAUUCGGUGGAUCUGUCGUUUAAUCAGGCUAAGAUUGGACAGCAGCAACCGCAGCAGCAGCAGCAACCGCAGCAGCAGCAGCAACAGGUGAAGAAGAGCAGGCGGGGACCGAGGUCUCGAAGCUCGCAGUACAGAGGAGUCACGUUCUACAGGAGAACUGGACGAUGGGAGUCGCAUAUUUGGGACUGCGGGAAACAAGUGUAUUUAGGUGGAUUUGAUACUGCUCAUGCUGCGGCUAGAGCUUAUGAUCGAGCUGCGAUUAAAUUCCGCGGUGUUGAUGCCGACAUAAACUUUAUUCUUAGUGACUAUGAAGAUGAUUUGAACCAGAUGAAGAAUCUGACCAAAGAAGAAUUUGUGCACAUACUCCGUCGUCAGAGCACUGGAUUCUCGAGGGGGAGCUCAAAAUAUAGAGGGGUAACUCUGCACAAAUGUGGCAGAUGGGAAGCUCGAAUGGGACAGUUACUUGGCAAAAAGUAUAUAUAUCUUGGGCUGUUCGACAGUGAAUUAGAAGCUGCAAGGGCUUACGACAUGGCGGCUAUCAAAUGUAAUGGAAGGGAAGCAGUCACCAACUUUGAACCAAGUACGUAUGGAGGGGAGAUGGUAUUUGAGGCCAACAAUGGAGGCGAUGACCAUAGUCUUGAUCUGAACUUAGGGAUUUCAACCCCUUCUUCUGGAGAUGGUCCAAAGGAUAAUGAAAGACUGGGUCAUUUGCAGUUUCACCCUUAUGCUCUCGAAGCUAGGAGACCAAAUAUGAAGAACCCUGCUACAAUUACAGUAGGGAAUCCAACUCUUCAAGGCAUAGCAAUGACAUCAGAACACCCAGCCUUUUGGAAUGGCGUAUAUCCUAACUACUUUCCCGGUUACGAGGAAAGAGCUACAGAGAAAAGAAUUGAGGGAGGUUGUUCACAAGGAUCACCGAACUGGGUGUGGCAAAUGCACGGUCAAGUCGCCGCAACCCCAAUGACAGCAUUCUCUACUGCAGCAUCAUCAGGAUUCUCAUCUGCGGCUACCACUCCUCUCUCGGCUUCCUCCACCCAUCCACCUAAACCUCCUAAUGUAGCAACCCACAAUCUCUAUUUUUCUGCACCUGCCACAGCCAGCAGCAGUUCACAGUACUACCACCAAAUGAGGUCACUUCAACCCCCACCAUAGUAUCAGUCUUCCCUUUUUGCCAAGGGUAACAUUGUCUUCUUCACUUUUGGUUUCAAAUAUUGUUUGUUACACAUGGAAGACCUCGCUCAAGCUUGUUAAAAACCAUUGACAUACUAUGCAGGCCUAAGGUUGAAAAUAAAUGAUACCCUCUUCUUUUGUUCAUAACUCAA